UACAUGCAUCUAGAUGCAGAAGUAUUACAUAUUUCCCAGCAAAUCCAGCUGCUGCAGGUCUGCACCUCUUCUGUCGAGCUACAGUUGCCGCUUUCUUCUCGUGAAUCACGUAGUGUUUCGUAGCUUGUCAUGGAUUUGAGGUCAUUGAUUGGACGCAGAGAGAAUCUGAACAUGUGAACUUCUUGAUCGCAUGAUGAGGACAACAUAUUAUCAUGCUGAAAUAACAACCACAUUCCUCAUUAAGUCAUGGAUGCAAAGUUGAAUCGCAAGCGACAAAAGAAACAGAGAUGCUGAAGGUCUUUGUGGGCUUCUCUAAGAGGAGGGUUUAUUCAGGGUCGUAAUCCACCCCUUUAACGCAACUGUCCAUGGAGAACGGAGCUAUCAGGAGGACAAUACCACACUUCGCAGUGGCUUUCGCUUGGUUCGCCAGCAACACCGUUAUUUACAAUGAUGGGACCGCGCGCCCAGUCUCAAGCAGAGUCAAGCAUGACUCCGCUACAACGAUCAUCCACUGCAGCAGACAGGUUGUCUACACAGACAGUUCAGAAAAAUAACAGCAUUAAUACUGGCGUUAUUCUGGACAUUUCCACUCUCAAAAUGGCUGAUUUGGACUCUGUGGUUCCUCCUCUACCUCCACGAUACCGCUUUAGAGAUCUGCUGCUUGGGGAUCAAUCAUUUCAGAAUGAUGACAGGGUGCAGGUGGAAUUUUAUGUAAAUGAAAAUACAUUUAAGGAGAGGUUGAAGCUCUUCUUCAUCAAAAACCAAAGGUCAAGUCUUAGAAUACGCCUCUUCAACCUCUCCUUGAAGUUGUUAACAUGCCUUCUUUAUAUAAUCAGAGUCUCGUUGGAUGACCCGACAAACCAGGUCGCAUGUGUACGGAAACACUGCACAAACAUCACAGAUGCCCUUUGCAGCAAAUCCUGUGCCAACUACACAACAAACCUGACUUCAGAUCCCUCACAAAUAAACUGGGAGUUAAUAUUUUGGGUAAAUAGAAGGGUUCCUGUAUGGGCAAUACAGGUGACAGUGGCCUUAAUUAGCUUCUUGCAAGCAAUGCUCCUGGUGUAUCUGAGCUACAAAGGGAACAUUUGGGAGCAGAUUUUCCAAAUCUCCUUUAUCAUUGAGAUGAUCAAUACAGUGCCAUUCAUUAUUACAAUAUUCUGGUCUUCACUGAGGAACAUAUUUGUUCCUGUGUUCCUUAACUGUUGGCUUGCCAAAUCAGCACUGGAAAACAUGAUUAAUGAUCUCCAUCGUGCCAUUCAGCGCACACACUCUGCCAUGUUCAACCAGGUCCUCAUUCUGAUCUGUACUCUGCUCUGUCUGGUCUUCACUGGGGCUUGUGGGAUUCAGCACCUUGAGCGGGCAGGGAAGAAUCUCUCCCUGUUUGACUCUUUGUAUUUCUGCAUCGUCACAUUCUCAACUGUUGGUUAUGGAGACGUCACACCCAGAAUCUGGCCUUCUAAGCUACUGGUGGUCAUCAUGAUCUGUGUGGCACUAGUGGUGCUGCCAUUACAGUUUGAGGAGUUGGCAUACCUUUGGAUGGAGAGGCAGAAGUCAGGUGGAAACUACAGCAGACACCGUGCUCAGACAGAGAAACAUGUGGUUCUCUGUGUCACUUCUCUCAAAAUAGACCUGCUUAUGGACUUUCUCAAUGAGUUUUAUGCCCACCCAAGACUACAGGAUUAUUAUGUGGUAAUACUCUGUCCCACGGAGAUGGACAUUCAGGUGCGCCGUAUACUGCAGAUCCCUCUGUGGUCUCAAAGGGUGAUCUACCUCCAAGGCUCUGCACUGAAGGACCAAGACCUGAUGAGGGCCAAGAUGGACGAUGCAGAGGCAUGUUUUAUCCUCAGCAGUAGAAAUGAAGUGGACCGCACCGCAGCUGAUCAUCAAACUAUUUUAAGAGCAUGGGCUGUGAAGGACUUUGCCCCAAACUGCCCUCUUUACGUCCAGAUUCUCAAACCCGAGAACAAAUUUCAUGUUAAAUUUGCAGAUCAUGUGGUGUGUGAAGAGGAGUUCAAGUAUGCCAUGCUGGCCCUGAACUGUGUGUGUCCAGCCACCUCUACACUGGUCACCCUCCUGGUUCACACGUCUCGUGGACAGGAGGGACAGAUGUCUCCAGAACAGUGGCAGAGAACUUAUGGCCGUUGCUCUGGGAAUGAAGUUUAUCACAUACGUCUAAUGGACAGCAAGUUUUUUGGUGAAUAUGAUGGGAAGAGCUUCACUUACGCUUCCUUUCAUGCACAUAAAAAAUAUGGUGUCUGCUUAAUCGGCACAAAGAGAGAAGACAAUAAGAGCAUCCUUCUGAACCCUGGUCCACGCCACAUCAUGGCUGCCACAGACACCUGUUACUACAUCAACAUAACAAAGGAAGAGAACUCUGCCUUUAUCUUCAAACAGGAGGAGAAGCACAGCAAAGGACUGUCGGUCACCGGCGUGUAUGACGCCCCCUCUCGUCUGCCAGUGCAGAGCAUCAUCGCAAGCAUGGGAACUGUGGCCAUAGACCUGCAGAAUCCAGGUCCUCCAGUGGACAACAGUAAACUGGCACUGCCCGCAGAGAAUGGAGCAGGCAGUCGCAGACCUAGCAUUGCUCCUGUUCUGGAGAUUGCAGACUCCUCUGCUAUCCUGCCUUGUGACCUUAUUAGUGACCCCUCUGAAGAUGAGACAAACCAAUCAGAUGAGGAGGGAGAACCUGCUUUAGAGUGCAUUAAAGGCUAUCCUCCUAACUCUCCUUAUAUUGGAAGCUCCCCAACACUUUGUCACCUUUUGCAGCAAAAGGCACCAUUUUGUUGCCUGCGACUUGACAAGGGUUGUCACCAUAAUAGUUUUGAAGAUGCCAAGGCAUAUGGCUUCAAGAACAAGUUGAUCAUUGUUUCUGCUGAGACAGCGGGGAAUGGCUUGUACAACUUCAUAGUGCCGCUGCGUGCCUAUUACCGACCCAGGAAAGAACUGAAUCCCAUUGUGCUGCUGUUGGAUAAUCCGCCUGAUAAUCAUUUUCUAGAGGCCAUCUGCUGUUUCCCUAUGGUGUACUACAUGGCUGGUACCAUAGACAAUUUGGAUAACCUGCUACAGUGUGGGAUCAUCUAUGCUGAUAACCUAGUAGUUGUGGAUAAGGAGAGCACUAUGAGUGCAGAGGAAGACUACAUGGCAGAUGCUAAAACCAUAGUCAACGUGCAGACCAUGUUCAGGUUGUUCCCUAGUCUCAGCAUAAUCACUGAGCUAACCCAUCCUUCUAAUAUGAGAUUUAUGCAGUUUCGUGCCAAAGACUGCUACUCCCUGGCUCUCUCCAAGCUUGAAAAGAUAGAGAGAGAUAAGGGCUCUAAUCUGGCAUUCAUGUUCCGGCUCCCAUUUGCUGCAGGCAGAGUAUUCAGUAUUAGUAUGCUGGAUACUCUCCUUUACCAGUCUUUUGUGAAGGACUAUAUGAUUCUCAUUGCAAGACUCUUGUUAGGUCUAGACACCACCCCAGGCUCUGGCUACCUCUGUGCUAUGAAGGUUACAGAAGAGGACUUAUGGAUCCGGACAUAUGGAAGACUAUUCCAGAAACUGUGCUCAUCCAGUGCAGAAAUUCCCAUUGGGAUAUAUCGCACUGAAUCUCACAUGUUCUCCUCCUCAGAGUCUAAGGAGGUUUGCCAACAGCUGACAACCUGUUGCCAUGCCGAUCAGUCUCAGGUGUCUAUGGAAGACUGUGAGGACACGCGGAACCGAAGGGAAUCCUGGAAAGAGAAAACCGCCCACAGAAACUCCACUGGGAGCGACCAAUCAGAGCACCUGCUCCUGCGUAAGAAAAGCAUGCAGUGGGCGAGACGACUGAGCAGGAGAAACACUAAACCGCCCAGUCGAGCUGAACGCAUCAAUCAGCAGCGACUGAACCUGUACAGGCGCUCUGAGAGGCAGGAGCUGUCUGAGCUGGUGAAGAACCGCAUGAAGCACCUGGGGCUGCCCACUGUAGGAUACGAGGAUGUAGCUAAUUUAACAGCAAGUGAUGUGAUGAACCGAGUAAAUCUAGGAUAUUUGCAAGAUGAAAUGAAUGAUAAUCAGAACACAUUGUCAUAUGUGCUGAUAAACCCUCCUCCGGAUACUAUUCUGGAGCUCAAUGAUAUUGUCUACAUAAUUCGCUCAGACCCACUGGCACAUGUUCCUGAGAAUCUCCCAGGGGCCCCGGCUGGAGCUAAGCUACGGCAGGACUAUGGAUCUGAGACAAGGGAUGAGACCCAUCUGUAAGAACUAGAUGGUCUCUUGUCGCCCUCCCCCUCCUCCACCUCGAGCUGCUACAGUGACACAGUCUGCAUGAAGGGUGUCAGGACACACAGCCAACCAAACACAGACAUGACCCAUGUGCCAACACAAGCUGCUCAACCAAGCCCAAAGGCCAUAACUGUACCACUGAAACACACACUGAUUCUUCUUUUUGUACAACACAGAUGUAGAAUCUAGGAAUACAUUUCAGACUUCUCUGAAUGUAGCUGGUUAUUACAUUUUUGUAUUUAAGACUUGGCUUUGAGACUUAAAGCUGACAGUGCGAGUGUGAAGUAUAAUAUUGAAUCACUAUGGACCAAACAUGCUGUCCAAGCACUUUGUGCUUAUAGGGCAGUAUAUAUCACAGAACAUCAUGUAAAGCAGUAUUCAAGUGAGCAGCUAAAGACAGAUGGGAAGCAAACAACAAUUAAUGUCGAGCGAGGCUGGAUAGUGCCCUGUGAUAAAUAUAAGGUGUUAUUGAACAGAAUUAGUUUACAUCAGUGCUAUAUUGUUCUGUGUAUAUAUAGCACAAAAAAUAGUACAUAUUAAUAUAUAACUGUACACAUACAUAAAUUAGCCACAUAUUAUGCUUAGUGACCUCUAAGUAUUCACAGUAUUUUGUUGUUAUUUUGUCCUUAAAGCACAAAGUGUUUUAUGUUUGAUUUAUUAAUUGCUGAUCCCUAAUUGCAAGGUUUUACAUGUAAACCCUUUGUUGAUAAUUUUUUUUUAUGUAAAUCACUGUCUGUUUAAAAUUGCAAGUGUGAUUCAAACUGUUCACAGUUUACAUAGUGCACCAAGAUCAAGUCCUUUGCCAUACAAUUUAAUAUUUAUAGCAACAACAAAAAAAUAGAACAAAUAUUCUACAGCAAACACAUCAUCCUUUUGAAAUUACUGUUUGUUAAUGCAAGUAAAUCAGAAGUAUUUUAUGGAUCUUGUGUAGGUAUUAUUGAAGAGCUGCCAAAUGGUAUUAUCUCACACAAAAUCAGCAUUGGAACAGGUUUGUUUUGAAACAUAAUUUAUACAAUAGAAGAUAUUACUAUACAUUAUAUAGGUAACUAUUAGUAUCCAUUAUUUUUCAGUGACAUCUUGCCUAAUUGCUUUCCAAAUGUGUUUGUAUUUGUUUUCUCUUUCUUAUACACUCUAUCUUAAAACGGUGUUUAAAACAGCACGUGUUUAUAAGUAUAGUGAGUUUUUUUUGUUUUGCUUUGCAUUUUGUCACAAUUUAAAUGUUAUGUUUCCACUCAUUUAAGAAAUGAAUCAAAUAUAUAUAUAUAUAUAUACAUACAUACAGUAUAUAUUUAAAAAUAUAUAGUAUAUAAUUUGAAUUUGCCAGUUUAUUGCACUAAGCUCUGUUAGUAGAGCAGUACACCCUUUAACAGGCACAUUUAAAAUUUUACAUUUAACAUACACAUUACAUAAACUAAACAUCCUUUAUUUCAUGUGUGCUUUUAGAGCCAUGUUAAAAUGUGACAUGAAAAAUGGUUGAAAAGAGUUUUGUGACUUCAAGGGACUUUCUGAUAUCUGAUACUGAGAUUGAAAAUCAUGACAUUUUUGUUCUGAUUAAAUUCUUUUAUAAUCUUUUUUUUUUUUUUUUUUUUGCCUGCUGUAUCAAUAUUCUAUCUAUUUACAGAAUGUAAUUUAUUUCUACAAGUCACAUGUAAGGAGCUGGCAUUUAAAGUUAUCAUGAAGAACUGCUUUUUAAUGUUUUAUUAGAAAUUACAUUUUUCUCAUAACAGGUAAAGUUGAAUACCUCUCAUAUCUUACUUUACCUGUCAAACUCCAGUUUGCAGUGACAGUAUAAGGGAAUGUGAAAGAUGACAAUAAAAAGGGGAAAAAUCCAUGUAGCUAUUGUUAUGUUAAAGAAUAUUUAUUUCAGAAUUGUGUAUUCUGCCUAGAAAGCAUUUUGUAAAUUAUGUAAGCAAAUAUUAUUUUGCUUCUGUUGAUCUUACAUGUCAUUAUUACAUAUUUAUUAUUAUUUUUUAACAGUACUUCUUUCAGCUCUAUUAUAAGACAGCUAAUCAUCACCAAUAUAUGGGGGUGUUAAAAAGGGUCAGUUUUUACCAGCCUUGGACAUCAUAUCAGCCCAUUAUAAAGUUUUUAGAUCACAUAAAUCUAUUGUAACUAUAUAUUUUCCACCAGUUAUGUCAGUUACUAUUUGCUCAUACAAACUACAUCGGGAAUGCGUUUAGUUUGAUAAUUUUCUCUGAAUUUUUCUGUCAUCAUUUGAAAAGGAUAUAACUUGCAUGUUAAAAUUACAGCCUGUAGAUGUCUUCUAUUUUUACUAGUUCCCCACUGAAAUCAGACCACUGAUAUCUCUGUCAGAUGAUCACAGCUGUUGUAACUUAUUAAAUUUAUUUAAAUGUUAUAAAUAUUUUAUAUAUAUUUUCUUCCAAUAGUUAAAGAAAAACAUGGACCAUGCAUGUCCUAAUCUUGCCAAAUGUGUCAGAGACCCAUGUUUACAUUUGCUGGCUCCUGUUUUUUGGAUUGUCCUGAAAAAUAAACAAACUUCUGUAUUUUGUACAAUUUCUUAAAUGAAGUCUGUACUUAUAAUAUGUAAGAAUGAAUCAAUAAAUGCUGCAUGCAGCCAGA